CCUCCGUGUGUUUUCGUCCUGCCUCGCUCGGUUUCAGCUCCAGCGCCGUGCUCUCUCCAUCACCUGUGCUGCUACGGGGGAGGAGGGAAGGGGCCAGAAAUGUGGAUUUAGAUUUUAGAUCGCCGCCGUGGUGGGACGGGGACCGUCCGCUUCAGCCUCGCGACUCUUCGGUAUGAUGCAUCCUCGACUAUGGAGAGUCGUGCUGGGCAUGACCGUGCUCUACCAGCUCGGGAUGGCGGGCAAAUACGGCUGUCUGUUUGACAAGAGGCUGUGCGCAAAAGAGCAGGUCUGCUCUGAUGACAGGCUAUUUGGUCAGUGUCGGAGCUCCAGGCUGGAUCAGGUUCAGUACCAAGUGUCUGUGCCUGUUCUCCAGAGACUGCAGGAAGUACUUAAACAGCUGAUGAUGCAAGGAUUUUCCUGGCAGGAUGACAUCACCCAGCACAUUAUAGCAAAGGAGCUGAGCCGUGUUCCUCACUCUCGGGCUCAAACCCCUCAGCCAGCACAGUCUACACAACAUGCUAAUAAGAAGGCCUAUGCCAGCUCUAAAUCGGAACCCACUGUUGCCCAGAGCUAUUUGGAUUAUAUGAUUUUAGAUCCUCGUCAGUCCUCAUCUCUACGCAUGCAAGCUUUACCGCUGGAGCCAUAUGCCUACCUGCAGGAUGAUAUCAAACACUCCCUACAUCCGCAUGCCGGCGUGGGCUACCAGCGCCCCUCCUCACGUUCCGGCUCACAGCAGCAGCGAGACAGAGAGCGGCAGCUACUGGAAGAUGCUGUCUCCCUCUACCUCUCCUCUGCACAGCCCUCGUUCCGCCAUAGGGGGGCAGCAGGCCUCCCUGCCGCCCUUUAUUAUGAGGACUUGGACUUCCCGCUGGAUUAUGAAGAGGACUACACCCUGCAGGAGCGACCCAGCUCACGCCAGCGCACCAACAAAAAGGUUCCGCAGGACUACAGCUCUCUGUCUGGACUGGACGAUGAAGCAAUGGUGCAGCUGGCCACAUUGUUGGAGAGGUUGGGGAUGACUCCACAAGACCUGAGCCCUCAGCAGUUGAACAGAUUGGCCCUCCUACUGCAGUUUAUGAAGACGGACAAGAUCACCAAUAGCGAUAACCGUCCGGGAACAGUCACAGUGAAAGAGACAAUUGUAGAGGGCAGUGAUAAAGUGUCACAGAAAGGUGCCAAACCUCUGUCUCCUGUUGUGGUCGUACCCUCUGCCACCGGGCCCCAGCUGGCCCCUACCCAAGCCCCAACUACACCAGCCCCAGUGUCUGUGCCUCACGGAGCCGGUUCCACCACACAGGGACCCAUCGUGCCUAUGAAGGACAUGGAGCUGAAAGAGAAAGGUUCACCAGGCCUGAAAACAGGAGCCAAGGAUGGGACCAACAUCAGAGAGGAAUAUGGCUACAUAGUCACGAACCAGAGUCCUCUGAGUCUGUAUGACGGGGUGAAGCUGUUAGAGACACUGGCAGAAAGGAUCCACCUCACGACAAGCAGCUUCAUCAACAUCAGCGUGGUGGGGCCUGCGCUGACGUUCAGGAUCAGACAGAACUCUCUGAACCUCAGUGCCGAGGACGUGGCCAAUAAAGCAGUGGCUGAGAAGAACUUCUUGGAGGGAGAGACGGGUCUAAAGAUCAUUCAGACAGGAGUAGGAGAGAGGACUGAGGGACUUCCUCAAGCCACUCGGAUCGGAGAUGGUUCACGUGGGGUCGUCCUGACCAUGGUUGCCAUGGCGUGUGUGGGUGCGGUAGUGUUGGUUGCCCUAGCAGUCGCCUGUCUGCGUCAUCAUGCCCGUCAGCUAGCCUCAGGCAAACUGGGACUGGGCCCUGAGGCUGGAACUGAGACUCACUUUGAUUACCAGGAGCUCUGUCGGCAGCACAUGGCAGCGAAGUCAUCAUUUAGCCGUCCGGAGCCGGGCGGUCGCAGAGGUACAGACACAUCCCGAGUGAGCAGUGUGUCGUCUCAGUUCAGUGACGGGCCACAACACAGCCCCAGCUCACACAGCAGCACACCAUCCUGGAGCGAGGAACCUGCCCAGUCCAAUAUGGACAUCUCAACUGGACACAUGAUACUGGCUUACAUGGAGGACCAUCUGAAGAAUAAGGAUCGUUUGCUGAAGGAGUGGGAGGCUCUGUGCUCGUACCAGGCCGAACCCAGCUCUGUCUCCAUCGCCCAGAGCGAGAGCAACCUGGAGAAGAAUCGCUACCCUGACUUUGUACCGUAUGACCAUUCCCGGGUAAAGCUGAAGCCUGAAAUCAACCCCAACAGAGAAGAUUACAUCAAUGCCAGCAUUAUAAUAGACCAUGACCCACGUAUGCCUGCUUACAUCGCAACCCAAGGCCCCCUGCCACACACCAUUGCUGACUUCUGGCAGAUGGUAUGGGAGAAUGGCUGCACAGUGAUAGUGAUGAUGACCGCUCUGGUAGAGGAUGGAGAACAACAGUGUGAGCGCUACUGGCCAGAUGAAGGAUCGUCUCUAUACAACAUCUAUGAGGUGAACCUGGUGUCAGAGCACAUCUGGUGUAAGGACUUCCUGGUGCGCAGUUUCUACCUGAAGAACGUGCAGACGCAGGAGACGCGCACGCUGACCCAGUUCCACCUGCUCAGCUGGCCUGCACAGGGCAUCCCCACCUCCACACGCCCCCUGCUGGACUUCCGCAGGAAAGUGAACAAGUGCUACCGCGGCCGCUCCUGCCCAAUCAUUGUGCACUGCAGUGACGGCACUGGAAGAACUGGUACAUACAUUCUAAUUGACAUGGUCCUGAACCGCAUGGCUAAAGGUGUGAAAGAGAUUGACAUUGCCGCAACAUUGGAGCACAUUCGUGACCAGAGGCCAAGUAUGGUGCGCACCAAGGACCAGUUUGAAUUUGCUCUCACAGCCGUGGCAGAAGAAGUGAAUGCCAUUCUGAAGGCCCUCCCACAGUGAUCCAUUGUGUGGUGUGCCAGUCUGCCUAUAUGCAUCCUUCUCUCCCUUCACACACUCACAUAAGCUAUUACAUGGACUCUAUCAUGCUCAAGAAAUUUUCUAAUGCAUUUCUAACCAUGGCCUUAUUCGCUGAAGAUACAGGGAAGGCUCUAUGAAAUCAAUUUAACAGUGAUCACUGUGUGCUGGGUACAAUGGAUAGACUUUUUGGAGUGAGUCAGUCAUAGCUGGGCAGAUAGUCAGGUAAACUUACAUAAGCUUCAGGUACUGAUACAAAUGGACCUAAUUUCAGAGUGGCAAGUUUUAGCACAUCUCUUUUUCCUGCCAAUGGAUGAUGCCAAUUGAGAAUCUCAACUCUGCUGAGGUCAAAAAUUACUGAAUCCACAUUUAUUGUCCUAUUCAGUCAAACAUGGUGGCUAUAUGUAUGCACAGUGCUAACAUCUGAACAGAGGAAGACUCUUUUUGGAGGAAUGUACUGCUCGAUUAGUGUAUCAAACACAUAGUGUAAUAACCAUCACUCAAUGUGCUUGCUUUUCCUCAUGUUCUUUCUGACCUGUGGAAACUUUCUGUUGUGUGAUUAUUGUAAAUAAUUCAUUGAGAAGUCUAUUUGUUGAUUCCUGUAGCAAAUGUGUGGAAAAUUAUACAAAAAAAGAGAAAUAUAUGACUAUAAUUUUUAAAUUGUUCUCAAUUAAAUGUGGUGUGGUGCAGCA